AUGUGGUCUUCUGCUAAGUCACUUAAAUGUAUUGUUUCGGACGUCAUUUGCAAUGGCAAGGCUAAUCGAUUGCUGGAGAUGGAAAAUGCUCUUCAGAAACACAAACAGCUGUUAUUUUCACCAUUGUCAUUUCCGGGUAAAUGUGAAGGUGAUUAUCAAGCUGUUAAAACUGCUCAGAAUGCUGGAGUUUUCCUACCAGAGUUUCCACAUCGUGUUCUCCUGUCCGAAGAUAUCAUUCAAGAGUCACUUUUUCUGAGUGAAGUUUUCAGGCUGAAUGAACUGAGGGCUGUAGAACUCUGCCUAACAGUUGAGAGUCAGCUUUCCUCAUUCCCCCAUCUUGCUCGGAGUUUAGUCGGUGUAAUUCUCUACUACGAAUCGCAUCUGUCGAUAAUUGAAUCCCUUGUUACCUUGAUUGGUGCCCGUGAUGGUCGAAUGUGGUCAACUUCUGCAACUCCUGAAAUUUGCCAGUCCGUUCACAAAUUCACAGACGAUUUGUUUGCAAGUGGAGCUCUUCAAAACAUUUUAGGUACUUUGCGAUCAUUUUCUGCGUAUGAAGAAUUUUCUCGAUUGGAAACUGCACAGGUUUUAGGUGAUUCUAAACAUCGACAUGAUGUUUUCAUGCUCCUAAAAAACAUAUCCGAAGGCUUAGCUGAAUGUCUGAUGCUAUGGUCUUGUCAAAGCGUUUUAAAUCUAAGUGAAUUUAAGCUAGUUCUGGAUUGUUUAUUAACUCCGAAACCCCAAGCAUUACCUGUAAAUCCUAAUGAAAAUAAAGGUCAGUUAAUAUUUCAAAUCAACAGUCAGCUUACAAGAGAAGGCGUACAUUUGUAUAUGGCUUUGCUGUAUUGUUUCCAACCUUUUUCUUCGAAUACAAUAUGUGCUGAUCAAUUAUCAGAUCUAACAGAUUUUGAUUUGUUUCAUCCUCUCUAUACUGACCGCUCAUUUGCAUCCGGUAUUGGGCGUUUAUUGGAUGAGAAAAAGGCUUUAUAUGAAAAUCAUACUAAUGAAGAUCGUUCAGAAAAGUUACAGUUAUUGGCACUAAUAAGACUAUCGUGGGCAAUAUGCCUACGUAGGACAAGUCAUUUACGUGCUGAACUACGCCGUCGUCGAAGUGCAGACGUAAACUCUAGUACAAACUGUAAAGACGACUUUGGUAUUGGUGGUGAUGAAGCAGAUGAAUUACAAGCGGCUUUAGCUAUCGAGUCAGGUGCCUUAGAAUUCGCUCGUAAACAGAUCUUAAAUACUGCUGACUUUGAACGUGAGCCACUGUGGGUGUAUCGUAUGCAUUGUAUUAUUACUGAUCUAAUUGUACAUAUGCCAGCUCGAAUAAAAGACAUUCGAUUACGUGAUGAAGAUUUACUAAGAUCUACAGGUUUUGAUCCAUCAACUACUGGGCAUGGUUUUGCAAACCUUUUACUCUUAAUCGCUCAACUUUAUAAUCAGCCUGGUUCACGUCUUCACAGUCGACUAGCUUUGGAGUAUUGGUGGCCUGUAGGUGAACUAGCUAAUAUUACACCAGCAGUCUUAGGCUCAAAUGACUAUUUGUCAACAGGGAUGGCUAGAAAAUCGCCCAGGCCAAAGUUGAUUAUCUACGGUGCUCAGUCACGAAAUGCUGAGGUUGAUAAUAUUCGACAGGCUGCACUUAUUCGAUUUUUGAGAUUAGCUGGAGAUAUGGUGACAACACCGUGUUUAUUUCUACCCUACCUACGCAUGCUUCAUAGUUUAUGCUGUUCACGUAGUGCAGCUGGACUUUGUUUCAGUCUUCUUAAGGCGAAUGCAAGCAAUCCAGGUCGUGGUGCAUCAUUGAUCACUUGGGAUCAUUUCUUUAACAGUUUUCGGCAAUAUUUAAAUCAUAUGAAGCAAACAGUUGUCCAACCUGAAUCAACAACAAAUCUUCGAGUUCAGCCAUCAAAUCAACUUUAUCCACAUAUUUACUUUAAUGAUGGAAUAGGUGGAGGAUCUCGUACUACUAGGGGGGCAGGUCUGUCACGGCCAACAGCUGAAUCUAUGUAUGGUAGUAGAAGAGGUGUUGGCGCAAUGGAACUUUCUACAACAACAGCAACAACGCCUACGACUAGUCAACCACGUGCUAUUCAACCUGAAGAACAAGCUGGUUUACAGGCUGUUUUAAGAUUGGUUGCUCGUAUCUGUCGUAUGGAUCCAGUUGCCCGUUCAGCAUUCAUCUCUAAUCCUCAAUGGCAAUUGCUACCUGUAUGCAUGGGCUUUCUUACUUGUUCGGUUUCAUUAGAUUUAAAAGCGGAUGUUUUAUACCUACUUACUGAAUUGUGUAAAAGUCAACAAAAUAUUCCAUUAUUAUGGCAAUAUUUUGUCAGUGCAGAGCUUUUACCUUUUAACUUACAACGUGCUAUCGGUCAGCCUCAAUCAUCUGUUCACGGUUUGAAUACUGAUAUGGAUGAAGUCGAACCACGAGCUGAAGAAUAUCCACUAACAAAUGCUUUUCUUUCACUGAUGACAGUUAUCCUACCAAAAUUGAUUAACUAUCCUAUAGUUAGUAGUAAUGUCUUAAAAUCUACUGAUGCUAAAGAUACUAUGAUUACUGCUUAUGAUGGAAAUAUGAUUCAAGUUAAUCCUUUUGUUUCAAUAACUUCUUUCAUAACAAAUACAAUAUUUUUACGGCAUACUAUGCGAGCCUAUCGUAAUCCAAUGGAACGUUGGGAUAUAGCUGCUUCUUGCCUAGUUCUAUUUGAUGGACUUGUCAAUGACUUUUUGAAUCGACUAAACAAUGCAAUAGUAGUGAUUACUACAUUGAUGAUGACUAGUCGUGAAAAAGAUGGGGAGAAUUUAGAUUCACUAUUUGCUUCGAGUGGCGUUGGUGGCGAUGUGAAUGCUGGAAAUCACCAGUCUGCUAGUGGUAUCAUUAGUCAAUCCGUUGACUGGCCAUCCUAUCUAUUGAAUAUUCUAUUUCAAAUGGGUAAAGAACAACAGCAUAUCCACGGGCAUCAAAUGUAUUCGACAACGAUGAAAACGACAACAGCAACAGCGACUACAUCAGAAGCAUUGAUUAGUCAGUUGCAUUUACCUGCAGGUUGGCCAUACACUGAUCCAGGUUAUCAUUUGGCUACUCAACUUUUAACUGAUUCAUCUUUAUUCCGAAUGGUUACUGGUCUUCUAGAGGUUGGUUUACAUCGACAUCUUGAAUUUCCUCUACCGAAUGGACCACCAGCUGGAUGA